CCUGCGAUGAGCGCGGGACGGCGGAGGUUCGCGCGACAGCUCGGCUGGGCCACGUAGCGGGGGCUGAGGCGGCCCGCGGCGCAGCGCACCGCAACCAAGCACUCUCCCGCAAAAAAAAGAAAAAAAAAAAAAAAGAAAAAAAGAAGUGCACACAAAGACCACUUGGCACCGGCCCCGUCUUUAAAUGCACAUCCGCGACCGUGGAGGGAGGGAGGGCGAGCGAGUGCAGCCCUGAAUCUGUGCAACUCUGAUUGCAAGAGGAGGGAGGUCGCUCUUGACGGAGGUGUGUCGCGCGGUAAAUGGCCGUUCCAGCGAGACGCAGCGAUCCUCGCAGCGGUCGUGGCAUCUUGACCUGAAGACCCUGAAGGCCCCGGGACCUCGCAGGCCGGAUCGGACACCUGGUCUCACAUGUCCACCGUUGGUGACGCGACGCCAUCGAUUUAGCCGUCUGAUUUCCGAACGUAUGGACGAGCCAUCGGAGCAGUUUGCAUGUUUCUCCAGCUGCGUUUCUCCCCCCGGACAACAUGGAUGCUCUCUUUGAAUCGGGCUGACUGUGUGUCCCCUCGUCCCCUCCUUCCUGUCUCUUCAGUCGAAGGAGGGCGGGGGAUUGGCGUGGCGUCCCCUGCCCCUCCUCGUAGGGUGGACUAGUCUGCCGUAGCUGUUGCUCUCCUGCGUUUCCUCUCUGCGCCCAUCAAGUCCUUCCCUCCACAUCCUCCUUCUCUUCAUGAAAUCCUGCCAGAGCCUCAAGGAGGAGGUUUCCGUCCCGGGCCUUGGCGGGAUGUCACAGGAGGAAGGACGCAGGGCUCCGGUGUCCCAGUCCUACUUCCACUCUCCCAACCCUGACCUGGAUCUGACGGGGAAGCUUUUCAAGAGGGAGGUCGGCGGCAAGCCUUACUCGGUGCUGGUGGACAAUAAGAUGGCGGCCAAGUCUUCCAUGGGAGAUCAGAGCAUCGGUGCGCUGCCCGCUCAGCACGCCGCUCCGCAGCAGUACUUCAGAGAGGGGACGGCGGGUCAGGAGGUGGGAACGCAGGGCUCCCAGGCAGGAAACGAGGGCUCCUCCGACGACACCGAGGAUGACGAGGAGGAGGAGGAGGAAGAGGAGGACGAGGAGGAAGAAGAGGGCGAGGACGGGGAGGAGGGCUUCAAGAGGGAGCAGAUCAUCGUGGAGGUGAACUUAAACAACCAGACGCUUCACGUGUCCAAGGGGGACAACAAAACCGGAACGCCCGCCGACGACUCGGAGAGAGGGGCCAGCGACGAGGACGAGGAGGAGGAAGAGGACGAAGAUGAGGAGGAGGAGGAGGACGAAGACAGCCCCGACGAAGAGGAGGAGGACGAUGACGAGGAGGAGGAGGAUGAGCUAGAGAGCGGGAGGCCGCGCUCCAAGAGAGCCCGCCGUGGUGCCGGCAGCACGGCGGCUCACAGCCAGCCGCGGAGGAAGAGCCUGCGGGCGGCCCUGAGCGCCGCCACCUCCGGGAUGACCACCAGGGGCCGCCGGAAGCGCAUGGAGCCGCCCAAGAGCAAGCGCCGGUCGGCCAGGUCGGCCGGCUCCUCCGGGGGCGCGGCGGCGGCGGCGGCGGGCGGGAAGGCGGAGGUGGAGGAGAAGGAGCUGCUGGCGUGCGAGAAAUGCCCGCGGGUGUUCAACACGCGCUGGUACCUGGAGAAGCACAUGAACGUCACGCACAGGCGCAUGCAGAUCUGUGACAAGUGUGGCAAGAAGUUCGUCCUGGAGAGCGAGCUGGCGCUGCAUCAGCAGACGGACUGCGAGAAGAACAUCCAGUGCGUCUCCUGCAACAAGUCCUUUAAGAAGCUGUGGUCGCUGCACGAGCACAUUAAAAUUGUGCACGGCUACGCAGAGAAGAAAUUCUCAUGUGAGAUCUGUGAGAAGAAAUUCUACACUAUGGCUCAUGUUCGCAAGCACAUGGUUGCCCACACCAAGGACAUGCCGUUCACCUGUGAGACAUGCGGGAAGUCGUUCAAACGCAGCAUGUCUUUAAAAGUCCACUCGCUGCAGCACUCUGGAGAGAAGCCCUUCCGCUGUGAGAACUGUGACGAACGGUUCCAGUACAAGUACCAGCUGCGCUCCCACAUGAGCAUUCACAUCGGCCACAAGCAGUUCAUGUGCCAGUGGUGCGGCAAGGACUUCAACAUGAAGCAGUAUUUUGACGAGCACAUGAAGACGCACACAGGAGAGAAGCCGUUCAUCUGCGAGAUCUGCGGGAAGAGCUUCACCAGCCGGCCCAACAUGAAGCGCCACCGCCGCACGCACACGGGCGAGAAGCCGUACCCGUGCGAGGUGUGCGGCCAGCGCUUCCGCUUCUCCAACAUGCUGAAGGCGCACAAGGAGAAGUGCUUCCGGGUCACCAGCCCCGUGGUGCUGCAGGCCAGCGGCCCCCCCGUGCCGGUCCGCAUCUUCGCCAACGCCUUCUCCUCCACCUCCUCCUCGUCCUCCUCGUCCUCGUCCUCCGCCCCGGGCGCCGGGCCCUCCGCCGCCCCCCCCUCCACCGCGGCGGCGUCCCUGGGUCUGAGCCCCGCCGGGGGGUCGCUCGCCCCCCAGGGCCCCGUCGGACACGCCUUCUCCCACGUGCAGCUGCACUCGGCGCCCGCCCACCACCACCCGCACCCCCCCGGCCCCCAGCAGCACCUCCCGCCCCACCCCCACCACCACCUGGCCGUCCCGCCCGUCUCCCACCUGCCCCCGCCCCCGGCCCUCUUCAAGAGCGAGCCGCUGAACCACUGCGGGCACGAGGACGGCGGCGGCGGCUACCUGCACCACAUGGGGCCCCCGGACAAGGCCCCCGGGGCCCCGCAGCACCACUGAGCCGGGCUCCGGGUCCUGCAGGCCGGCGCCACGCCCCGCCCCGCCCCCACCCCCUCCUCUUAGGCGUGUCUACACAGGAAGUCCUGCGUCAAACGCAGCGGGACACACUGGAGGCGUUCAAACGCGGAGGUGAAGGACAAGAGCGCCGGAUCGACGGCGCCGGCCGAGCACGAGGUGGACGACUGGGAGGAGGCUUCCUGUGUAGACACGCCGUCAAACCGGCUGCAGCCGCGCUGUCCUCGCUCCCGGUUGAUUGUAACAUUACAGCCUCUAGAGUUUUCUGUACGUCGAGCAUCGAGUCUUCAUGAAAAGCUGCUGAUAUGCGUGUUGAGCUUCACAGGUCGCCGGAGUAUCGCCGGUCGUGUUGAGCGGACUCGAGGUCAGGAAUGCUCCACCUGCUCUCCUGGCUGUCCCGCACAGACGUGUUAAAAUGAAUGUUUGAACUGGUUCUACCUGAGCCCCGCCCCCCGAGGAAGCUGCAGUGCCAUAGGUUACAGGGAGGGGGGGGGGCGGAGGGACGGUUUUUCUAGAUGGUUCCUGAAUCUGGACGAAGUCUGAGAUUCCUGUCGUGGCAUAAAGGUGCUUUCCAUUCCAGAACAUCAGUCUCUUAACUCUGCUUUAACGUGACUUUAUUUUUUAAUCCUCACUUGUAUGAAAUACAAAGCAACAAAUGUACGGUGUCGGACAGAGCAGGACUUUUCUACGGUGAAAUCAAAUACUUCGCGACGGAGAUGACUCAAGUUAUGCAGGCACACACACACACACACACAUACACACACACACAUACACAGCCGUCACUGAUGCUCCCACUGUGAUCGGCGCCACCUCAAGCUUUCAGUACUGUUGGUCAGCAGAUGCUUCUUAAAGAUGGACGACUGUCAUGAAUACUGCCACUGUGAGGGGCCAGGCUCCUGGCCCCAUCAGGACUUACCCCCACCUCUCUCGCUGCUGUCGAAAUCGAUACGGGUUACCAUGUUAAAGGUCAUUAGACAAACACACAGUAUAGACACGACCGGGACCGGAGCGCGUUGCCCUCGGCCGAUGUUCCAGUGUUGCGGCGCGGGGCGGCCGUCGCGACGCACAGGCUCCUCUUGGACUCUCAUCGUACCGGCGUUCGUAGAUCCACACGGGCCGCGCUCGCGACCGAGCCUGUUGAAUGUUGCCUAAAGCAGAGCAGCGACUCGCCAGGCGCUCACACCUUGUUUUUUAUUAUAAUCGUCUCAGUUUUAAGCUAACGAACGGCUCUGUGCUGGAGAUAAACUGGCGUGAGGCAGCGGUGGGAACGGUCGCCACAGGGUCGACGCGGUGUUGAUCGUGUCGCCUGUCUUGCUCCUUCACCACAAGCCGCGUGUGUGUGUGUGUGUGUAUGUGUGUGGGAGAACCUGACAUGGACAAUAGCAGUAAGGUUAACUUUUCUUUUCCUCCUCUCACUUCCCCACUCUGAUGGGUGUUCAAACCGAAGCAGUGGCGCUCAGUAGCUUAGCCCCGCCCCCUGUUCGUCCUGCAGGUUUCAGUAGCACUGCGACACUGGCUUCUCAUCCUGUCCCCUCGGGUUCACCGCUGCCGUUCAGCGUUUUUUGCAGUAUGGAUCUGUAACUGUUUGUUUUUAAAAAGCCUUUUUUGUUUGUUUGUUUGUUUUGUUUUCGUUUGUGUGUAUUCUCUGCACUUUACUGCUGCGUGGGCGAGGCGCAGGGAAGGGGGCGGGUGGUGGGGGAGGGUGGGGACUGACGACGCAUUGUGGAACGGAGUGCAGUCGUGGCGGCGCGGAGGCCGGCGCAGGCCGCCACGCUUGGGUGGAUGUUUUUAGGCAAGGAAAGGAGGAGAAUCCCGGCAGGAGGCGGGUAGUGUGGAAGGGACCAUGGCAAGCAAAGGACAUUUCUUUCUACGUUUUCUACCUGCUUUUUUUUUUUUUUUUUUUUUUUUUAGUCUAAGGAAUAAAUAUUUGCUCUAAUGCCGACCUCCUUUCAAAAAUAAAAGCAAUGCUCCUGCUUUGGCGACUCUACACUAGCUCCUCCGCACAACGUCUGAAACCCAUCUUGGAAUCAUGUGUCUCUCGGUGUCUCGUCUCCUCGGUCCACAGAACGAUUCUCCUCCUCCUUUCUUUGUUAUAUAGAAUGCACUUUCUACUAAAUUUCUUGGGUAGUUCAGAAAAAUAACAUUGUAUAUUCUUUAAAGAUGUUUUAAACAAAAAAAAAAAAAUCAAUAUACUUUUCCCCUUUGUAUUUUUAACCACUUAAUGUAGCAUUGCGUAUUUUAUUAUUGUAUCUGGUACAAAAUGUGCAGCUUUAUAAUGUCCUGGUUUGUCCUUAUUUUGUAUGUUAUUCGGAGAUCGGGGGGGAGAAGUGGAAAAAAAAACAAACAAGUUGGGCCUUUUUUUGAUAAUGUACAUUUAACUGACUGCUAACUUUGAGAAGUAAAAACAAGUAGCCAUGAA